CACACACGCGCCGCGGCUCGGCUAGCCGAUUGCACCCUCCCCAGGACAGAGAGCUCAUGUGGUAAAGCUUGUCGGGGCUCUGCCGGGCAGCCUUGUCGUCGUAACGAGAGAGGCCGCGAGGCCGGGCAAGGCAACGAACGCGCGGCUCUUAACCAAAGACCAGAUCUGUCUCGACGUCCACCUCCUCUUCGCCUCUUCCUCACCCCCACUGAUCCCACCCACCCCCACACACACAAUGGGCGUCCUCGAAGUCUUCUCCAACCCGACAGGCUACAACGCCUCGUACCAGCUCCUCGUCCUCGUGUGGCUGCAGGCACAUGUGCUCUCGUCCCCGCGCCCCGCGUUCCUCAAGCACGGGCUGCGCGAUAACGCCAACCCGCGGUGCGCGAUCGACGAGCUCGAGAAGGCCGGCAAGCUGCCCGCGGCGCGGAUCGCGCGGAUCAAGCGCAUUAUCGCGGCGCACCAGAACAGUCUUGACGGACUGCCGUUGAUCACUGCUGCGAUUCUCGCGGGCAACCAGGCUGGCUUGUCCGCCGCGUGGCUGAACGGCGCGGCCGUGUCCUACUUUGUCCUGAGGCUCGUGUUUGUCCGCCUCUACCGCGACAUCGCGUCGGGCCCCACGUCCUACAUUCGCUCCAUUGUCUGGUGGGCCAGCAACUUCGUCUCCUUCGUUACCCUCUUCAAGGCUGGCGAUGCCAUCAACGCAAAGUAGGCCAGAGGCGACUGCAAAACCCCGCGGCUAGUAAUUAUAGUGCAUUCUAUACUCUCUCCGUGCGCUUUGCUCGUAUUAAUGUCGUCGGAAUGUAUUUUGGAAGGAAAGAUGGCACGGUACUCGACCAACGUAUGCCGCCGGCCUAUUGUAGUGGCCGCGGCAUGCCGCCUGGCGCUGGCGCCCGACCGUGCAUGUCGGUAGGAGACGCGUGUACGCGCCUGCGGGAACCCCUCUCGUGCGUUAUGUGGAUCAGGUACACGAGGGGGGAGCAAGGGGUAGUCGGGGAAUGCACAGACGGAGCGGCGGGAUGUGUAGUGGUGGUCGUCGCGUCGUUGUCCUCGUCGUUGGCCGGUGGCCGUUGGCACCUAGACGAGGCUAAGCCGCCAACGUGGUUGGUAGUGGCCGAUGUGGCAGUCGGGUAUCGCUCCCCCAAACGGACGGCCUGCGCCAGUGGAUAUGCCAUGGAAUACAUGCUGGGGGUCUGUGCGUCGCCGCGUCGAGCGCGUCUCGCCGUGUCUCGCGUGUGUGUCUGAUGUCUCGUUUUUCUUCGUCCUCGUUCUACUGUCGUCGCCACCGCCGCCACCGUCGCUCCAGAUUAUCUCCUCUGCUAGCUCCCGCCUCACCUGCGCUUCCGCAGGUCGACGUCGUCACUGCCAUUCUUCAGGGCAGUGGCCGCCUGGCUGGCAAAGCUGUUGUGAAGAGCAUUCACCGAAGAGUCCGUGUCGGGAGUGCGGAUAGGAGUGUCGACGCUGUCGUCGUCGGGCACAUCGUCCUCGCCGUCGUCCUCGUCGUCCGAGCGCACGUCGGCGGCACCCUGGCCGCGGACGACCCUCACGGCGACCAUGACGGCCAUGUAGAACCACAGGGUGCAGAGGCAGAGGAGGAGGCUGAGCAUGCAGACGAACAUGAUCCACGCGUUGCGGCUGAAGUAGUAGCCCUUGGCGGGGUUGUGCUCAAAGGGGAGGAACUUGGGCGCCUGGACAUAGGCCGAGCGUGUGACGAGGAAGAGGCCAAUCUGGCGAGAGAAGACCCAGACGAGGAGGAACAUGACAAAGGUCGCGUCGCAUGCCGUCGCAAAGUCCAUGUAGCGGAGAAUCUUGGCCAGCGGGAGGAAAAUGUCGGCACCGUCCAUGAGCCAGUGAACGAGCACACCGACGCGGGUAAAGUUGCCAUAGUAGGACGUGGACAUGAGGGCAAUGGUGAGGACGUGGUGGCCAAACAUUUGCCAGUGGUCCUUGCGGCGCUUCUCUGCGUUGAUGACGUAGAUCUGGUGGUUCCACCAGCCCAGCUGGAGGAGGUAAACAAACUUGGUGAGGGCCGGGAUGGGGAAGAAGGGGUAUGUGCCCCAGAGCUCCUCUGGCGACGUGUAGUUGGGGACGCUGCGAAGAACGAUCGUACUCAACGUCCACGUAAACGUGCAGUAACCCAAGCUCCAUGCCUGCUCGGCAAAUCGGACGAGAUUGUGGUGGUGCUUGCGGUCCUGAGAGCGCUUCUGCUUGACGGUAGCAGACGUACUCUGCCCCUUGUGCGACUCGAGUGCUGGGAGUGGUACGACGAGGCGUCCGAUCGGGUAGAAGACCCACAUCAUCAACAAAUGUCUGAGGGCUGUGAGGCCAAUCGCCACCCCAAUGACAAAGUAGACAUCGUUGAUGCCCUUGUCGUAGAGCGUGACGUGCCGGCCGUCAACGUUGGCGGGGACGGGGUAUGAGAGCGUGCAGAAGGGUUGCAGUGAUCGGGGGAUGAGCGCGGUCAUGGCGGUGGUGGUGGCUGUGUGGUGGUGGUGGUAGUGGGUGAUCGUUUGGGGGGGUACUCGGGUGUGCUGGCUGCUGCAGUACACGCGUUCCGUCACGAGUGCAGAGUCGUCGAGACUAGCUAGCUCUGUCGCGUCGUCGUGGUGGUUGAGACGUGGCGCGGCGCAAGUGUCAAGUGAUUGCUUGCUUGCUCGCCCCCGGGAAUGGGCGCGUAGUGGUAGCUAGGUAGAAAGUGAAAACCCGUGAUGGGGCGCGGCGCGUGUGGUCGUGCGUGUGUGUGUGGGUGUUGUGGUGGGCGGAGGAGGAGGAGUGGGCUGCAAGUGGUGUUGGGGAGGUGGGUGAUGCUUGCUUGCAGUGGGUGGUGAUGCGUGGAGAAGAAGGGUGCGGGGGUGGGUGUGCCGUCUAGUCGCGUCUCUUUAGUUAUGUAUCAAAGAUGAACUUUUGGGGGGUGCUAAGUGUAAGUGUAGGUGGUGU